UUAAUCUUCUCUUGUUCGUCCUUGCUGUUCGGCUUCGUUGCUUCGCAGUGUAGAGAUUGCGCGAGUCGCUUCUUCAGCUCCUUCGUUUGCUGUUCGACUUCGCUCCUUCGACGACGUUCCCUUCCUGUCGGAUCGGACGUUACAACAUUUUGAUCUGAAGCAACGACGGGAGCUCGCUCGCUCGCUGUGAAGAUAUUCUACUGAAAUGGGCUUGUGGACAUUGUUCGAAGGACUUAUGCUUCUUGCAAAUGCAUUGGCUAUCUUAAAUGAGGACAGAUUUCUUGGUCCUAGAGGAUGGAGUUUCUCAGAGGUUUCAGCUGGAGGCCGAUCAAAAUCUCUCAAGGGGCGAUUGAUAGGGCUUAUAUACGCUAUUCAAUACUUGCGAGUUCCUCUUAUUAUUUUGAACUUAAUUAUUGUGGUUGUGAAGUUAGUCUCAGGCUGAGGUGAGGUUAUUUGUGAGUUUCUGCCAUUUAGGGUAGGUCAUGCUAUGUGAUCUUUAAAAUAAGUAAAAGUACCUUGUUCUUUGUUUCUGUGAGAAUAGUUGUCCUUUAUAGAAACCCUGAAUGAAAGUAAAAAGCUUUUACUGUUAAGUUGCAUGUAUUAGGUACAUUUUGUUUGUAAAGUGAAAUUGUUCUCAGUUUUCAAAAAUAUCUUUGUAUUUCUUUGAACAGAUUUAUUGGUUGCUUUAACUAGAUCU